AUGCCAGCAGUACCGAUCUACGUCAAAGGCGGGGUAUGGAGCACUGUGGAAGACGAGAUUCUUCGCGCAGCGGUACAGCGGUACGGGACGCACGCGUGGAACAAAGUUGCGUCGCUCUUGCCUCGUAAGAGCGGCAAGCAGUGCCGCGCACGGUGGGAGGAGAGCGUGCGGCCGACUCGCCAGGGCGCGUGGACAGCGGCAGAAGACGCCACGCUGGCGGCGCUGGCGCGCGGCGGGCCACAGUGGCGGAGUGUGGGUGCGGCGCUGGGACGGCCCGCGGCAGCGUGCGCGGCGCGAUGGGCGGAGCUGACCGGAGACCAGGCGGUGGCGGGGCCCGCGGCUGGUGAGCGGAUCCCGGGCGCGGAGGGGCUGCCUGCGGUACCGGAGGAGGACGAGCGGGAGAUGGUGGCGGAGGCACGGGCGCGGCUGGCGAGUACGCAGGGCAAGAAGGCGGCGCGCCGGGCGCGCGAGCGGCAGGUGGAAGAGAGCCGGCGCGUGGCCAGACUACAGAAGCGGCGCGCGCUGCUGCAGGCAGGCGUGAACAGCGCGCUGCCGCUGCCGCGCGCGGUUCGCGGGCAGCUGGACCCCAACGCGGACGUGCUGUACGAGCUGGCGCCAGCGGAGGGUGUGUUUGAGACCGCAAAUGAAGCCGCGCGCGACCGUGCGGCGCGCGAGGCCUACGAGCGCCAGAUCGAGGCCCGCGGCAAGCGUACAGCAAGAAAACAGUCGCGGGCGCCUGCGCGGGCGCCCGCGACUGAGCAGCCAGCGCUGCAGGUGCGCCGGGCGAUCCCGCGGCCGCCACUUGAGCUUCCUGUGCCGGAAGCGCUGCUGAAGAACUCCGCGGCACCAACGGCGGCUGUGCGCAGAGCCUUGGCGCGCCUGUGGCAGGGGCUACCGGCCGCCAAAAACGACUUUGAUGUGGCGCCCGAGAGCGAGGACGAGCAGCCGUCGGGCAGUGCAGACGCGGCGGUGCAGUCGACUGAUAUGGAGGUGUUGCUGCCGUGGGAGCCGCCGCUGCGACAGGACCUCCCCCCGCCGCCGCCUCCGCCGCCCGGGCUACUCGCCGAGCACUACCGCGCUCUUGCUGCGGCCGCAGCGGGUGGACCGGCCUGCUACGACACACCAGAUGUCCUGCGCCAACGCGAGGCGAUUGAACGCGCCCUCGCUGCAGAACCCUCCCCCGCUAUGUUGCACCCGCAGUGCGAACUUCCGCGGCUACCUUCGCUUGACGCUUUGCGUGCCGCCGCACAGCCGCGCCCACAGCGUCGUCUCGCAGCACACGCAGCAACGGACGCUGGCUCGCGCCUGCUGGCAUACGAGCUGCUGCCGGACCUGGCAACCAAGCAGCGCGAAUACUACGUGCGCUACACAGCAUACGAACUCGAGCGCACAGCGGUAGCGACUCGUGUCCGGCGCCUGACUGCCGGACGGUAG